GGCUUUGUUAGUGUGGUAGGAACCUCGGUCGCCACCAUGUUAGAUUUCAAUGUUCUUGCUACACAGCUUCAUUCAGCUUCUCCCACCGGUACCAAUUCAGCUCAAUACACGCCUGUCAACACCGCAAAGAGAACUUGCCCUACCGUCGACUCCCACUGGCAGGUUGCACCCACGGGACUUCCGCUGACCCCAAGCCGAGACUGGUGCAGCUGCAUGGUGAGCACACUCAGCUGUCAAGCAAAGAGCACCCUGACCGACGGUGAAAUAUCUUUCAACUUCGGUUGGAUCUGCGGCGGGGACGGAUUCGGUUCUUGUAAAGGAUUUACACCCGACACAACCACCGGCAGCUAUCCUGAUUGGGGGAUAUGUAAUCCUAUCGAUAAACUCUCGCUGGCUUUCAAUGCGCUAUAUCAGCAUUACGGCUCUCAAGCCUCGGCGUGCGACUUCACUGGUAAUGCUACCCUGAUGACGCCUACCAAAUCGAUGGCCGCUUGUGCUCCUCUUCUUAAUGUCACGGUUGCAGCAGGAACAUCUACUGGUGGUACGGCCGGACCGGCGGCAACUACUGCUUCAGCUUCAGGCUCAACUAAGACUUCAAACAGCCCUACCGCCUCCGGUGCGAAGAAAAGCUCCGCUGCUCAUGUUGGCCUUACUCCGCCGUUUUCGUUUAUAGUCAAAGGUGCAGGAAUAUAUAUACUUGGCUUAAUAAUUAUAGCUGGUAAAAUAUUUAUAUUAUAA